AUGUUUUACAGUCAUGAGAUACUAACCAGCACUCAAUAUGGAGUGGCGACGAUUUGGCUCGUCGCCACCGUAGGAAAGGGGACCCAAAAGAAGGUGUCUAGGAAACUUAUCCAAGAAGUCAAUGUGCCAAGGGCAUGCGAAAAGAUUCUAGAUCCGGGAGCCCCUCUUGCCUUGCGAUUGCAAGCAAGCCUGCUCUAUGGCGUCUCGCGCGUUUUCUCCCAACAAUGCAACUAUGUCCUAUCAGACGCCGAAAGAACCCAGACCGAAAUGGUUUCCUAUUUCAAAUCCAUGCAGCAAAGCGAGAUUGAUCCGCAGGCCGGAAAGACAAAGCGACACAAUAUCGUCCUCGAAGAUGAUCCUACCUUUGAUCCGUUGGCAGCUUUGCCUCAGCUCGACCUGCUGAAGUGGGAUGUCAGCCAAAUCCUGCAAGCAAGCAACACCUCGAGUAACCAAUACUCCCACCUCACGCCCCUCGCAAGCCAGAACAGCGGUUCUGUAGGGCGCAAGCAUUCCCGGCUCAGCAUCAACCUCCCUGAAUCUUCCCUCUCAGCUCGGAGCUAUCAUAUCCCCUCCGACUUCGGCCAGCAAAGCCCGUCUGGGUUCAAACCAUUCCACCGCGGCCUGUCAGCAGACGUUAAUCCUUUUGACGACGACGACGCUCUAGGUGGCAUGAUUGGCCUCGAAAUAGAUGCAGAUGGGAACAUCCUUGAACUCCUGGACAAUGAACCUGUCCUCCCGCCUCUUCCAAACCCAGAAGACAUCGAAAUGGGUGAGGACUUUGAGCAGCAAAAUACAAAUAACCGCCUUGCCAACAAUUUCGAGGCGCUGGUGUUGGGAGAUGAGGAAAUCCUGCCUAACGCAGAAGCGUUCCCCAUCCAAGCUAAAGCAGCAAACCUGGAUCGCCCCCCAUCGUCAACACCUUCCCUUGUACCAUCUUCUCCCAAUAUGCAGGUUGCACACAGCCGCAAGGGGCGCCCCCGCAAGGCGAACGUCCUGCUUGACGAGGAGGAGAACGUUUCCUAUAGGGAAAUGGAACGAUGGGACUUGGAGUAUCUAGACAACAUGGACGCCGUACGCAAAGAUCCUGCGAGAGCCACUCUAGGCCAAGCAAAGAGAAACGCCCAAGCAUUUUUAUUCGACAAUGGCAUUGCAAAUGUCGGCUUAGGCUCUGUUCCCAACCCCCUUGCGGAGGAUUUUGCCGGCCAUCAGUUCAUGGCCAACCUUCUAGGGCCAGAUUUUGCUGACCAGUUUGCUGGCAACCAGGUCAAAGAGAGACGUGGACGUCGCAAGAGAUCCGAGGCUUUCACGCCAGAAGAAGAAGCGAAGAGCCAGGACGAGCACUUGCCAAAGAGAAUCAACAAUGAAGAGGUGGAGAUCGCACGCAACGAAGAACCUCUCGUCCUCGGCGAGGAGCCAAUCCCAGAAAUCGGGAUGGGCGCCGCCGGGCCCCUUUCAGAUCGACACUCCUCUGCCAUCAUGCCCUGGUCCAGACAGGGCUCAGCCAUUCCGGGCUCAUCCGUGCGUGGAUCUGCCCAGAAGGCCGGCCACGGGAGCAUCCUUCAAUCGAUCGAGCGGUACAGCGAUGCAGGACCGAACGGAGAUAGCCACCAGGCGAAUGAGGCCGGUGCGGAGAACGCACACAGCCAGAGCGGCGGGCUCGACGUCGCGAGCCAGAACUUCCUGGAAUACGCCACCGCGGAGGCGGACAAAGUCGCCGCCCCAGACAACAAGGGACGCACUUGGGUCGAUUUUGAACAGCUCGCUACUCCCGGCGUGCACGACAAGCACACCGCCGCGCAGGCGUUCCUCCACGUACUGUCUCUGGCGACAAAGAAUGAGAUUUCUGUUCGUCAGGCCGGCAGCCGUGUCAUGGAACCGUUUGGAGAAAUCCACGUCGGCUUGCCGUCUAGCAGCCGAGGUGCUGCACGUGGAGAACGUGCCGAGUGA